CCUUCCCUCCUGCGCUCGCCGGCCUCUUCUGCCUCUUAGAACCUUCCUGCGGUCGUGCUCGCAUCUCUCUGCAGCAGCCUCCGGGGCUACGUUCCAUCCUAUCAGUCUGAGACCAGCCCAGAAGAAAAAAACCAAAAAUCCUUAAUUAUCUUCUUUUGCUCGGUACCUACAUUGGGACCAUCAAAAAAAAAAUUAUUACAGUAAACCGUAGCCAUGAGGGAAAUCGUGCACAUCCAGGCCGGACAGUGUGGCAACCAGAUCGGUGCUAAGUUCUGGGAGGUGAUAAGCGAUGAACACGGCAUCGACCCCACCGGCACCUACCACGGAGACAGCGACUUGCAGCUGGACCGAAUCUCUGUGUACUACAAUGAAGCUACAGGUGGCAAGUAUGUCCCUCGAGCUAUCUUAGUGGAUCUAGAACCCGGGACUAUGGACUCCGUUCGCUCAGGUCCUUUUGGCCAGAUCUUCAGACCGGACAACUUUGUUUUUGGUCAGUCUGGGGCAGGCAACAACUGGGCUAAGGGUCACUACACAGAGGGAGCUGAGCUAGUUGACUCUGUCUUGGAUGUGGUGCGGAAGGAGGCGGAGAGCUGUGACUGCCUGCAAGGCUUUCAGCUGACCCACUCGCUGGGUGGAGGCACGGGCUCUGGCAUGGGCACCCUGCUCAUCAGCAAGAUCCGAGAAGAAUACCCUGACCGCAUCAUGAAUACCUUCAGCGUGGUGCCCUCACCCAAAGUGUCUGACACCGUGGUUGAGCCCUACAACGCCACCCUGUCCGUCCACCAGUUGGUAGAGAACACAGAUGAGACCUACUGCAUUGAUAACGAGGCCCUCUACGACAUCUGCUUCCGUACCCUUAAGCUCACCACGCCAACCUACGGAGACCUGAACCAUCUCGUCUCUGCCACCAUGAGCGGUGUCACCACCUGCCUCCGUUUCCCGGGCCAGCUGAACGCCGACCUUCGGAAGCUGGCUGUCAACAUGGUGCCCUUCCCGCGUCUCCACUUCUUCAUGCCUGGCUUUGCCCCUCUCACCAGCCGUGGAAGCCAGCAGUACCGGGCCCUCACUGUGCCUGAACUCACCCAGCAGGUCUUCGACGCCAAGAACAUGAUGGCUGCCUGUGACCCACGCCAUGGCCGGUACCUCACGGUUGCGGCUGUCUUCCGUGGACGGAUGUCCAUGAAGGAGGUAGAUGAGCAAAUGCUCAACGUGCAGAAUAAGAAUAGCAGCUACUUCGUGGAAUGGAUCCCCAACAACGUCAAGACAGCUGUCUGUGACAUCCCACCACGCGGCCUCAAGAUGGCAGUCACCUUCAUCGGAAACAGCACGGCCAUCCAGGAGCUCUUCAAGCGCAUCUCUGAGCAGUUUACGGCAAUGUUCCGUCGGAAGGCUUUCCUCCACUGGUACACGGGUGAGGGCAUGGACGAGAUGGAGUUCACCGAAGCUGAGAGCAACAUGAAUGACCUCGUCUCUGAGUAUCAGCAGUACCAGGACGCCACCGCAGAAGAGGAAGAGGAUUUCGGAGAGGAGGCAGAAGAAGAGGCCUAAGGCAGAAGCCCUGCAUCACCUCAGGCUGCUUAGUUCCCUUAGCUUUUUUCCAACUGCCCUUUGUUUCUUUCUGCUGCCUCUGUCCUGUUUUUGUUUCGUUUUGUUUUCUCAUUGGGGGGUAAACGGUGCCUGGCACGUGGCAGGCGCUCAAUAAAUAUUUCUUUGUGGAAUGUC